CUGGCAUAGUUUCCAGCUGCAGCGAGGGUCGGGGGUUGGGGACAAGACAGGCUUUAGAGAUUUCCCCAACUGUUUUGCUGGUGGCGUUGGCGUGUGCAUAAGAAGCAAAGAAUUUGAACACAGACAAUCGUUUGCUUUCCUUCUCCCACACCUCCAUUUUAACGCGUUCCUUCCCUUCUCUUUCCCGCCUCCAUUCUCUCUUUGUUUCUUUGUUAACUGCUCUCGCUGCUUCCUUCCUCUUCCCUCUCUCUCUCUCUCUCUCUCUCUCUCUCUGCUUUCGGAUCGGUCUUUCCAAAUCCCAUCCAAGGUACGGCGCUCCUGGAACCCUAAUCGCCCAACCAUUCGUUCGUGACCCAGCUGGUUUUUCUUCAAGAAUUCUCGGAGCUGGCGCUCUCAUUUCUGUAUUCGUCCUUGUAACGACUGCUCUGCUCGACUCGACCGUGGAUUUCUCUUCUUUGCGAAGAAGAACCUGGAUAGUGGAUUAAUUCGAACGCUUAGUUUCUUUGGUUUCAUUCAUCAUUUUGGUUUCGCUCUUGAUUUCGCCAUUCGUAAUCGGAUUUCGAUUCAGGAAUUUGAUCUUGUUCAUGGGUCAUUUGCUUCGAGGUUUGAUUAUUUCCAUUUGAUUGAGUUCGAGGAGCUCUUGGAAUGGAUAGUCCAGAGACAUGAGAUUGCUUGGUAUAAAGGAAACUUGAAGCCGAGCCGUAUAUCGGACUUUACUCGGUUAUUUUGUGCCUUCUAGUUUGGUUAUUUGAUCGCGGUGGUGAGGAUGGCUUUCUUGUCAGGCUCUGGUUUAAUGAGGCCGGGGGUGCUAUCCACAUCUGAUCAUGCCUCCGUGGUUUCCAUGAAUUUGUUUGUGGCGCUCCUUUGUGCUUGCAUUGUGAUUGGUCAUCUAUUGGAGGAGAGCCGAUGGAUGAAUGAGUCAAUUACGGCCCUAGUGAUUGGUUUGUGUACUGGAGUUGUUAUUCUACUAACUACUGGAGGAAAAAGCUCGCAUAUUUUAGUCUUUAGUGAAGAUCUUUUCUUCAUUUAUCUUCUCCCACCUAUCAUAUUUAAUGCAGGGUUUCAAGUGAAAAAGAAACAAUUUUUCCGCAACUUCACAACCAUCAUACUAUUUGGUGCUGUUGGUACAUUGAUAUCCUUUAGCAUCAUUGCAACAGGUGCCACAGAAUUUUUUAAAAGGUUGGAUAUGGGAUCCCUUGACAUAGGAGAUUAUCUUGCAAUUGGAGCAAUUUUUUCUGCAACAGAUUCUGUUUGCACCUUGCAGGUGCUCAAUCAAGAUGAAACACCUUUACUUUACAGUCUUGUCUUUGGGGAAGGUGUUGUUAAUGAUGCUACAUCAGUUGUGCUGUUUAAUGCAAUCCAGAGUUUUGAUCUUACUAACAUCAACUUCACCAUUGCCUUGCAUUUUAUUGGAAACUUCUUUUAUUUAUUUUUAACAAGCACCAUGUUGGGAGUGAUUACUGGUUUGCUUAGUGCGUUCAUUAUCAAAAAAUUGUAUUUUGGCAGGCACUCUACUGAUCGUGAGGUUGCACUUAUGAUACUCAUGGCUUACCUGUCUUAUAUGCUGGCUGAAUUAUUCUAUUUGAGUGGUAUUCUCACUGUGUUCUUUUGUGGGAUUGUGAUGUCCCACUACACUUGGCAUAAUGUGACUGAGAGUUCAAGAGUCACUACUAAGCAUGCUUUUGCAACCUUUUCAUUUGUCACUGAAACAUUUAUCUUCCUUUAUGUUGGUAUGGAUGCUUUGGAUAUUGAGAAAUGGAGGUUUGUCAGUAAUAGCCCUGGAAAAUCAAUUUUGGUGAGUUCAAUACUUCUGAGCUUGAUUUUGGUCGGAAGGGCUGCUUUUGUUUUCCCCCUAUCUUUCCUAUCAAACUUAACAAAGAAAUAUCCAAAUGAAAAAAUUCACAUAAAGCAGCAAAUUACAAUAUGGUGGGCUGGUCUUAUGCGAGGUGCAGUAUCCAUUGCACUUGCUUAUAAUCAGUUUACAAGGUCAGGACAUACUCAACUUCGUGGGAAUGCAAUCAUGAUCACCAGUACAAUUACUGUUGUUCUUUUCAGUACAGUGGUGUUUGGAUUGUUGACUAAACCUCUUAUAAGGCUUUUGCUGCCUGCAACCAAACACUCGAGCAGUAUGGUGUCAUCAGACGCAUCUAGUCCGAAAUCUUUCAUCUUACCACUCCUUGAGAAUGGUCAUGAUUCAGAAGCUGACAUGGUUCACCAGGGUGCCACUCCCCCAAGCAGCCUGCGCAUGCUGCUAACAUCUCCAACUCAUACUGUUCACUCUUACUGGCGUAAAUUUGAUGAUUCAUUCAUGCGUCCUGUUUUUGGUGGCCGGGGAUUUGUACCCUUUGUUCCUGGUUCACCCACUGAACAGAGUGUUCAUCAACCACACUGAGAGAAAACCAAGGAUAUAAUUUAUUGCUUGUGCUUUCGACGUACAGCAUAAGAUGAUUAAUGGGCUUUUGGUUUUUCUGAAUGUAAAGAAGGAAAUUUGCUGCCUUGUGAUUUUUACCUACUGUCAAAAUCAUGAUGCAUUUUUGUAGCAUCAUGGAUCCGAGUGUGUGUAUAAGAGGGUCACUUGCUACAUUCUAGUUGCGUUUCAAUCUGAUCUAUCAUUAUAUAUAUA